AUGAAAAGAAGUAACGAUCGCGCUAACCGACGGCGUUCGCUACAUUUCCACUGGCAGGUUUGGAAAAAGUACCUCAAAAUGUGUGGAACCGUUCCCGCGCGGCACGGUGAAAGCUCGAGGGAGAUGAAUCAGGGUCAAAUCAAGGAUAUUGAAUUUUGCGAGAAACGGAGGAGAAACCCGCCACUGGAUACGCAAAGGCCAAAAGAAUGCCCGGGACGCUCCUUGCUAAUUGAAUGCAAUGGAAGUGCC